AUGAUGUACGCUACCACAUCGCACAUCGUAGUAUUACCAUCUUCCGAUUCUGACUUGGAUGAUAAUGAAGAAGAGCAGCAGGAAGCGAAUGAAGUUGUGCAGGAACAGAAAGUGUUUGCGAAACCAACAAAGUUCCUGUCAACGGAUACGGAAGAGUCCUUACCCCCGGUUUCACUAGCCGACGUUAAGAUAGACAUAGAUCAACCCAUCUUGAAAUGCACUUUGCGUAAACCACAGACUGAAUCAUUGUGGAAACCAAAUGUAAGCAAACCCGAGGAGCUUCGCCGAAAGAAAUUGUCAAUGGAAAGUUCUAUGGAGAAGGAACGAUUUCUCUUGCGAAAACUUGGACAAGAAGAACGGGCAGAUUUUUUGUACCAGCAAAGAGGUAUAAUCAAAAAGCACAUCUUAAAUGCAGAAGAGAUCAUCUUUGACACAGAUGAAGACAUAUCAUGUGUGCGCAAUUUCAUCGAAGAGCGCUACCGUCUUCACUUUGGCUUAGACAGAGACGGUCAUCCCAGAGAACUUUCUGAGGAGGAAAAAAAGGAACGUGACUUUCUGCUCGACAACUCUAUGUUCAUAACUAGAGUUAUAUUGCGCAUGCAUAAUCUGGAACCGGAUGACUACAGUAAGUCAUCGUUUGACGCCGCAUAUUAA